ACCAUGCGACUCUCCUUGACCUCCAUCCACGCCAGUCUGUCCCUGAUAACGACACUAAGCAACGCUCGCUGGACGACAGCAUCGCCACCUAAAAACAACACCCCGAUCGACCCCCAGCAAUGCGACUGCUACCUCAUCUCCGGCCCGGACCCGGGCUACUUCACGCAUUACAAGCUGUGGGACUUUCGCAACGCCUCGCCGUUCCAACCACACUCCUCCCCCCCGAAGCCGUUCAACAACACCGACAACCUCUACGAAACGCACAACCUCCUCACACAAACCCCCUUCAGCAAAGAUUGGCACGUGCAAACCUGGCACCGCGCCGCCGACCCGCUCCUCUCGCCGAUCUCCAUGACGAACUCCGAAUCCAACGUCUUCCUCAUGCACGCCCGACCCCCGCCGCAAGACAUCCCUGCCUCCCACAACAAAUCCACCAGCAAAAGCUUCCUCGUCCUCCGCACCACACGCUUCAGCAACCACGCCUCGACCGCGGAGAUCGAAUCGCAAUUCGGCCUAAUCGACCACUGCUCGCUCCGACUGCACAUGCGCCUAAUGUCGCGGGCCACCGCACACCACCACCCAUUCUCCGCCCCAGAAACCCCAACCCCCAACCCCAACCCCAGACCGAAAAACCAACCGAACUUCGCCUACCCGCCACCCGCCACCCCUCUCCCCUCAAUCCCGCCGGGCAACAUCGUCCCCAGCGGCACCUGCGCGGGGAUCUUCACGUACCGGUCAGCGGUGUGCGAGUCGGACAUCGAGAUCCUGACGGCGGACAGCCCGUACACGAUUCACUACGCCAACCAACCGGACUACGACGCGGAGCACGACCAGAUCAUCCCGGGGGCCAGCGCGGUGGUCAACCUGACGCGGCCGUGGACGGAGUGGACGACGCACCGGCUGGACUGGCUGCGGACGGAGUCGCGGUGGUACGCGGAUGGCCAGCUCCAAACCGCCAAGCGGUACCGCGUGCCGGACCGGCUCAGCAUCAUCGUCGUCAACCUGUGGAGUAACGGCGGCGAGUGGACGGGAGACCUGCGUGUCGGCGAGUCGGUCUACCUCGGCAUCGAGUGGAUGGAGCUGGUCUAUAAUCUCUCGUCUUCUGCU